UUUGUCGUGGCAUUCAUGAUAAUCGCCUUGUCUAAGGAUCAAUAGCGUGCGGAAUAGGAUCAUUUGACUGGGUGCUGACAUGCAGCGAGCAUGGCCGACGCAAGCUAGCGGGGAGAAGUACUCGACGAGCAAGGCCAAACUGCUGUUCUAUUCUUGUCACUUUGUCGGCCAGUCCUGGCUUUUGGCACAAUACCUUUUCCGGACUUGGUUAUUGGCGGGCGUUCUGGCGAAUCCCCGGCGGUAACAAAGUCACUCAGUCCCGGGCGCUUGGGGUACCC